AUGGCAUCAACCUUGUCGGACCUUCGUCCGGAGUACGACUAUGUCAUAGUUGGAGGAGGAACCGCCGGGUUAGUCGUCGCCAGCCGGUUGACAGAAGACCCGGCAGUGAGUGUUCUCGUUCUGGAGGCUGGAAGCAAUCGCCUCGAUGAUCCCCGUAUCGCUGCGCCUGCCCUGGCAGCCAGUACCUUCUCCGACCCCGAAUUCGACUGGUGUAUUACUAGCCCACCUCAGGAAGCACUGAACGGCCGAUGCAUCGCAGAGCCCCGCGGUCGCACACUAGGAGGCUCCUCCGCCAUCAAUCUGGGUAUGGUCAUCUACCCCAGCCGCAGCGAUUUCGAUUCGUGGGAACAACUGGGAAACCCUGGUUGGAACUGGGAGUCUCUGUCCAGCUACAUGCGAAAGUCGCAAACGUUCACUCCGCCGUCAGAUGAGGUUCGUGACCAGCUAUCGCUACAUUAUAUUGACCCGGCUGUGCAAGGCACCAGUGGGCCUAUGCACGUCUCUUUCGGCGAUGGACCCUUUCCAAGUUUUGUGACUGCCUGGCCUCGGACGUUUGAGACGCUGAACCACAAGGUGACUGGAGACCCAUUCUCGGGACGGGCCAAUGGCGGCUUCUGCAUCCCAGGCAGCAUCCAUGCAACCUCGCGAACGCGUAGUCAUGCGGGCGCCGCCUACUAUACUUCCGAUGUUGCUCAACGGCCAAACCUCCGAGUCGUCACCGAAGCUCUCGUGGAAAAGGUAUUGCUCAAAGAGACACAGGAUGGUGAAAAUGUAGCGACCGGUAUUCAAUUUAUCGGUAAUGAUGGCAUUCAGCGCACAGUAGCCGCUGGAGCAGAAGUUAUCAUUGCUGCGGGCACAAUCAAAACGCCGCAUCUUUUGGAGCUUUCCGGAAUCGGUGACGCCAGUCGCCUGCAGGAGCAUGGAAUUCAUACCUUCGUUGAUAACCCCAACGUUGGUGAGAAUUUGCAGGAGCAUGGCUUUGUCCCUUUCAGCUGGGAGGCUGCCGAUGGCCAAGUGACAGCAGAGGCGUUACGGAACCCCGACAUUGCUAAAGCCGCCAUGGAAGCAUGGCAAACCUCAGGCGCCGGGCCAUUGGGUCUCUGUUCGAUUUCCUCGGCAUUCAUGACUCUGCCCGAACUGCAAGAUGGUGAGCUACAGGGCCUUUUGGAGAAAUACCUGGACAAGGAAGUUCCGUCCAACUGGGCCGCGCAGUAUCGCAUCUUGCGGCAACUCCUUGAAGAUGUGGAUGAGCCAACAGGGCAGUACACGAUGGCGCCGUUCCAGGUUACCCCCGAGAAGGGUCCAAGCAUGAAAGGGAUUUUCGCCAUGACGGAGCCAGAGUGUUUUGUUAGUAUUGUCGCUGCGCUGAACAGGCCAUUCUCCCGAGGCUCGGUCCACCUGGCCUCAUCCGACCCGACAGCACUGCCGACCUUUGACCCACGCAUGCUGUCACACCCACUUGACCUAGAGCUACACGCUCGUCAUGUACAGUGGAUGGAGACGCUGGCAGCCACAGAGCCGAUGGCAUCUUUGAUCAAACUAAACGGACGUCGCUUGCAUCACUCAGAGCGCGUAUCGUCUUUAGAUACGGCGCGUGAGCUUACCCGGGACCGCAUCCUGGCUCACUAUCAUGUCACCGGAACAGCAGCUAUGAUGCCUCGGGAGAUUGGGGGUGUGGUAGAUGAGCGGCUGCGGGUGUAUGGAUGUCGAAAUAUGCGCGUGGUGGACGCCAGUGUGAUCCCAUUGAUUCCUCGCGGCAACAUCCAGACGACGGUAUAUGCUGUAGCAGAGAAGGCAGCCGACAUCAUCAAGGAGGAUAGACUAGCCUAG